AUGUUAGAAGAGAGAAUUCGCCAGCUUGAGGAGCAACUAGCGUCUCAGCAUAUCGGCGAUGAAAUCACCGGGGGUGUAUCAAACGAGUUGUUCGAUGGCACUUUCACUGUUGAUGGAUCUGAUGAAGGAUCGUCAGCGGCAGCGCUUUUUGAUUCGUCUCGGCAAGGUUACACAGCGCUAACUUCUUACAGCGGCGUGCCUGUGAUGACCCAGCCUCCACUCAGCAAUUCUCUAGCUACGCUUGACUGGCCAUACCCACCACUAGACCUGACAUUGCAUUUAGCGGAGAUAUUCUUCACCUGCUGUCCUUUUGUUGCCGCUCAUUUGCACAAGAAAACCUUCUUUGAAAGAAUAUUGCUUCCGUGGUCACACUCUGAUGCACCUCACCCAUCUCUAGUUUACGCCAUCUGUGCUGCAGCUAGUCGGCAUUCCCCUCGAGUUACCUCCCCUCCCGCCUCUGAAAGUGGAUCAAACUUAUUUCAAGGUGGUGGAGACACAUUUUUCGAUAUGGCAGUCUCGAUGACGUCGAGGUUCUUGGAGGAAGAUGCCAUAUCUGACUCCAAACUGUCUCAUAAGGCCAAGUCUUUGAGUGCAGUGUUGGUAUUGGUUCAUCUGAUGCACAGUGAAAACAAGUGGGCAGAUUUUCAUCGAUACAAUGCAUUGGGGAUGAGGGGUAUGAUUGCGUUGAAGUAUCAUGUCGAAGUUAGUCUAACGAAGAGUCGUUCACAAUUGUUACCUCUGAAGAACAGCUUUGAUCGAGAGCAGAGGAAGAGAAUACUAUAUACGUUUUGGGUGUUCGAUGUUAUCUACGCUAACAAAAGUGGAUCGUACCCAUCUAAUCUAAGCUCUCAUCAGAUUUUGUUAAAGCUCCCUACACCGACUGAUCGAUUUAUUCACGCCUCCAGUGAUGAUUAUAUUCCUGACGACGAGCCAUACCUCAACGCGCCAAAUCUACUAGAAAAUCAUGAUAGUGACGAUGGAUUCCACUGGGUCAUCAAAGCCACAGCUUUGCUCGACAAAGUCAAUGAAUUCCGCCAUCAAUCUAUCCUAGACGUGAUUAGUAAUCCCAGCUUGAAAUCAGCAAAUCAGCUACCAUCUUUCAGUGUAUUAGAUAUGGCUAUCAUGCGCUUCAGAUCACGUUUGCCGGAUUGUUGGAAGAAUCUCAACGAGGGGAAGCUCAACGUGGAUGUUUAUUUGGCGCACAUGCUAUCUCUCAACGCGCUAAUAACGCUGCACAAUGGGUAUAUGCGGGAGCAACAUUCUAAAAAGAGACUGAUGGGAUGUGUGAGAGCUGCAUUGAGUACUGCAUACUCGCUUCUGAACUCUUCAUUCGACCUGGCGAGACUCCCGUCGUAUGCGAUUGCGAUGUAUAGUGACUCCGCCGAGAUCUUGAUUGCAGCUUUCGUUUCGAGUUGCGAUGAAGUUGCAAAAGAAGCAAUCAAGUUGGAGCUGGCGACAUUUGGCGAUCUCUUCCGUUGCAUGCAAGAUCGCUGCCCUAAUGCUCUAUUUGCGCUGAGCAGGUUAAAUGAAUCGCUCUAUAACAAUGGAAUCCAACCUUUCCCUCCAACGCAUCCAACAGAGAUAGAUCCAUUACUGCAGGAAAUCAGUAACUUCGAUGUGGCUGCCCCAGUGCCUCUUGAGAUAGAUCAGAUCGGUGUUGAUGGUGAUGUUGGUACCAGCACUGGAAUGAAUUCCGACAUACUGCCUGAGCCAUCUUUUACGGUCUCUGAUGAAUACGGAUUGAUGAAAUUUGAUGAUGUGUUUGACGAUAGGGCGUUCGAUGUUGCAUUACCAUAA